GUUAGUGCAAAAAAGGCUACAGAAGGUAGGUGUUUGAACAAAGGGCUCUUUUAUUGAUGUCAAGUACCAUACUUGUUGCGGGUCACGUACCUAAGAUUAUUGUUAGCACCCAAAAUGUGUAUACGUUCUUCUGUACAACUCCCUUCUCACCAAAGCAAAGUCGGAUGUGAGAACUUAUUGAUGUGCUCCUUUCAUAUGUCGCCUCAAUGAACUCUUGUUGUAAUACGUUCUGCUGCAGCCUUGGAAACCGCACUUUUUCAAAUGAAAUAUGGUUAAAUUGUCAUCAUUUGACGUUAUUAAUCCUUUUGAGGUUACUCGAUGACUUUGUUUAUGCUACUUACACUAAGUUUCUUUUUCUUACUGUUAAUCGCCGAGCUGCCAUAUUCUAUCUUGAGGCACAUGAAGUGUAUUAUAAGUUUCUCAAUACCAAUGCGUCAUUUCUCAACAAUAGCUGUCGCCCACAUCUUCUUGAUGUUUACCUUCGCUAUGUUUCCUACAGUAUCAAGAACAUUGAUAGCCCAAUCGAUAUCAACUUCCCUUUUGACCUACAACAAAAUCACGAGUUUACACUUGUGGAUCGAUCUUUGCAAAAAUAGCGCUAUCCCUAAUAUUGCGUUGCAGCUUACAUCUUUACUCAAAAGUUCUUCUGCCGUAUGGUCUGGCAAGCACGAUGCCAUAUCAGCUGCUAGUGCGUCAUCUAUAUGGCGUUUUCGGUGGCUAUUUUUAUGUAAAAUGUAGUCCGUGUCAAGAUUAUCUCAUCCAAACACACACCUC